UCAAGUGAAAUGUAAAAGUGAAAUCUUGCAGGUACUUAAGCCAGACAGUAAUGGCUUCUACUCAUAGUAUAAAUUACAGUAUUGAGAGCUGAAAGUCUCUUGUGCAUUUUUGUUGACUGAAGACAGUAUUUUAGUUUAAGAGUUGGUGUAUCUAGAAACUUCACUGACAAAACCUUUAACACUGUCUUUAUGGUUAAGUGUAAAUGUGAGAUAAUGUUAAAAAAAAAAAAAAAAACAUUUACUUUGGUAAAUAUUAUAAGAUUGGUAUGUGUGACCUUACAGUAGUUUACGUAGCAUCUUCUACCCCAGUCCAAGCAAAUGGUUGGUUUUUCUAGGUUUCUCUUUUUACAUGCCUGCCCAAUAGGUGACGCUAGUGCGCGUAACUCUCGUGAAAUGAGGAAGUUGAAGAGGGAAUAUUCUAACAACUAUCAGGUCGGUGACAUUCUCAUUUGAGUAGGGGUACCAAAAGGUUUUGAGAUGACCGGUGCAUUUUAUCAGCUCGUUAUUCCUGUUAAAUCAAAUAUGAGAUGUUUGACAGUCUUUGUGACUAAGCACUACCGUUAACGCCAGUCGAUAAACUAUCAGGAGAUGGCGUCCUGCUCUCUCUGGCUUGAGGGACAGCAAGGCACGCUGCUCCACCAUGCUCCAGCACGCUCUCCUGUCUGUCGGCUCCAAAGCCUGGCGUGCGCUCUCUUGCCCUAAAUCAGAGCUUCGGUUGGACCUUACUCUUGGAUGUGGACAAACCUUUCGUUGGCGUGAGACAGGGGAUGGCCACUGGACAGGAGUGAUGAGGGGCAGGGUAUGGACCCUUACCCAGACGGAGGACACCCUCUGGUACUAUGUAUACACAAACCAAGACAACCAUGGCAGCGCAGGCAGUGUGUGGAACAUGGGUUUGGGACCAGAGCCUGUAGAACCAGACAAGAGUCUGAAGGGUGUUGGCCAUGUGAAGCAGGAGCCAGAGGAGGAUGGACUUAAACUGACAUCAGCGCACAAUUCCGUAGAAGAGGAGCUCCUGACAGAUUACUUUCAGCUCAACGUUCAGUUGGGGAAUCUGUACAAAGACUGGGGUCACCGUGAUGACCAUUUCAGACAAAUAGCCAGCAUUUUCACAGGAGUGCGUAUGCUGAAACAGGACCCUGUGGAGUGUCUGUUCUCGUUCAUUUGCAGCUCCAACAACCACAUCUCGCGCAUCCAGGGCAUGGUGGAGCGUCUCUGUUUCACACUUGGACCUCGCCUUGUCACAAUUCAGGACACACACUAUCACGAUUUCCCCACCUUACAAGCCCUGGCAGAUAGUGGUGUUGAGGCUUGUUUGCGUGAGCUGAGUUUUGGCUACCGUGCCCGUUUCCUGCAGCAGAGUGCUCGGCUCAUCUUGGACACCCACAGUCCCGACUGGCUACAGCAGCUCCGCAGCGCCCCCUAUGAAGAGGCACGGGAUGCGCUGCGUACUCUACCCGGCGUCGGUCUCAAGGUGGCCGACUGUGUGUGUUUGAUGUGUCUGGAUAAGCUAGGAGCCGUUCCUGUGGAUACACAUGUGUGGCAAAUUGCCAAGCGAGACUAUGGCUGCAGCUCUGGCAAUGGCCAGAAAACCCUCACAGACAAAGUGCACCGUGAGAUUGGAGAUUUCUUCAGACAGCUCUGGGGUCCUUACGCAGGAUGGGCCCACUCUGUCCUGUUCUGUGCUGACCUGAAGAAGUUCCAGAACCUGAAGGAGCAGGUGGAUGUGAAGAAAGAGUGGAUCAAGUCAGAGGGAGAUCAGGAGGGGAAGAGUAGCUCUAAGAAAAAGAAAAACAUCACGAAGGUGGAAAGUGCAAAGAAGAUGAAGUUGGAGAAACCACGCGGCAGGAACAGGACCGUCAAGGAAGAGGGAGAGUAACUGAAUCGGAGAACCAAAACAAGACAUUUCCGUCUGGUAAUGCCAUUUGUACCUGCACUCAAG